UAGACGGAAAUCACAGCAAAAACGCUUUCGAAACUCUUGGAUGUGUAUAAAAGCGAAGCGAAUUCCCAAUUUUAGCUUCAAAGCAAUAGGAAAUUUUAGUACCUCAAGUACAGUAAUGGCCGAUGCCUGGCCCAAGGAUACACCAUAUACUCCUAAAGGGAAAGGUAGCUCUGUCGUAGAAGACGUCGUCUCCAUGAUAGAAAGAUCGAACAUCUUUCCAUCCGACAACAARUUCCUUUGUAGAGUGGCCUGGGUUGAGUCGAAGUACGGGACUGCCAUAGGCACAUACAGACCAGGCUACUAUGGAGGAAUAUGGCAGGUGGAUCGGAUUGGGUACGCCGAUACAAAGAUACUGAGURGUCUACAAAAAUAUCGCGCUAAAAUCCAACAGGAAUUCGGCAUUAAUUGGCAAAACACAAAUUGGCAAGACCUAACGAAGCCGCUGUACUCUGGUCUGGCUGCGCGGCUGUUCUUGGUGAAAAUACCCGCCGCUAUUCCCCCGGCCUUUGAUAUUACAGCGCAGGCAGCGUAUUGGAAGAAGUACUACAACACUGUCGCAGGGAAAGGAACAGUACAGAAGUUUGUAAAUGAUGUACGAGCUGCAACGGGAUGCGCUGUUUAGCAYCAUUGGAAUUGUCAUAAGCAACUUAAAAUGACUUUAAAUAGGUCGUUUAAAAUGUGGAUAUCGUGCUUUAAGGGAUAAUUUGUUAAUAAAUUGUUUGAUUGCUUGA